UGUAGAUCAGAGGGCGGUGCGAUGCUUUGAUUGGCACUGCCGAAAUCACUCCAGGCCAGGAGUAGUAGAAUCUGCAACAGACGUGUUGUGUACUUGAUAAAGGUGUGUUGUGUGUGGAUUUACUUUCUGUUUGAGACCGAAUAAACAACCCGGCAAGAUGGCCUUAGCUCUAGAUAAUUCGGGUCUCUACCCCAACAUACAGAAUGUCAACUGGUUUUACAUGACGGACGGACAGUCGCAGAACCCCUCCAUGUACACCAGCAGUAUGAGUGACCCCUGGUCGUCUACGAUAAAUGUGAACCAGCAAGUGAAUUCUAACGGGAUUUCGUCGAUGUUCAAGUACCCCAGACAGCCCGACCCUUGGGGCAACAGUGCCGUGAACACUAUGGGAACACUGCCGAACGGGUUCCCGGGGGGCAUGGCUGAGUUGGCGGACCAGUUUAGCGACCUGUGUCUGUCUAUGCCCAAGCCGAGCAAGAGACCGCCCUCCACCUAUCUGUGCCACCUCUGUUUCACCAAGGGACACUACAUCAAGGACUGUCCUCAGGCCCGCCCAAAAGGGGAGGGGCUGACCCCUUAUCAGGGGAAGAAGAGGUGUUUCGGGGAGUACAAGUGUCCCAAAUGUAAGCGGAAGUGGAUGUCGGGAAACAGCUGGGCCAAUAUGGGUCAGGAAUGCAUCAAGUGCCACAUCAACGUAUACCCCCAUAAACAGCGCCCCCUUGAAAAACCUGACGGUCUUGAUGUUAGUGACCAGAGCAAAGUUCACCCCCAACACCUUUGUGGAAAGUGCAAAAUGUUGGGAUAUUACUGCCGUCGUAUGGAUUAAAUGAGGGGUCUCGUAUUGCCGCCAAUUGAAACAAUGUCUUGGUGGAAAACAAGGGGCGCAACUACAUCGCUUUCGAACUUUCUGGUUACACACAACCAUUACACAACACGUCUUGUUGGUUAUACAGAAGGCUCUGUAAGUCUUCUAUUUAGAUGUAGGGCCAUGUUUCGAUGCAUUUUGAAAUGGAACUAAACUGUAUUGGUGCAUUUUGAACUUGCCUUAAACGAUUUACCAUAUACAACGAAUACAUACAACGCAGUUUCGAGUAAAAAAGUGUACUUUAUUAACGCAUGUUUAUGAAAGUAUUGAGCAUUUACAAAUAUUUGUUAAAACUUACUAUGAGCAGAUACAAUUGAAAAACGAAGGUUUAAAUGCACAUCUGUUGUUUCUAUGUGCAUGGUAUUAUCAGGAUGGGUUAAUAAAAGACAUUAGUGUUUGGCUGAGCUUAUCAACAGCAUUUUUCAAUGAUUCAUGCCAGCAAGGAUAACAUCUGUACAAUUUCUCUUGGCCCAAAUGUUAGGUUUUAGAAACUGUCUAUAAAUUAAGUUGGGCAAGAAAGAUUUCUAACAUAAACAUGUUUUAAUGACUUGCAUCUUAUUGUAUGGUUAUAUGAGUUUACCACCUUGGAACUAUAAAUUGACUGUAAAAAAGAGAUUUAAAGUUUAACACAUUCAUCCCAUUAGAGAAGCAAUGGUAUCACACUUCUACAGAAAUUAGAAGAUUUAAUAUUAAAGGGACUUCAUCACAUUUGAUUGGACAAGGAAAAUAAUUCCAUGUUUAACAUGAACAAAUUGUUUGUCUAAAUGAUAAACGCAUCAAAGGGUCAAAUUAGAUUGUUGAUAUUUUGUCAAAAAGUUACAGAAAACAACCUAUUUAGCAGAUAAUCAUUAGAAAUACUAAUAGAAAUUAAUUUGAUAAGGCUUACAAUUUUCUCUUCAAAAAGUACCUGCCAGUUUGUUCAUAAAAUUCUCCAACUCUAAUUCAAUUUCAGCAAAGUUAUUAAAAAGAACGUUGCCAAAAUUAAACCUGUGAACGAGUCCCUUUAACUUGUGUAUCCCUUUGAAAAACGAAAUUAAAAAAGUAGGACCACAACAUUAUUAUCAGAAUUAUGUUUCAUUAAAAGAAACAGCAUAUUUAAGCACAUCAUUAUUGCCAGGAUUAUUAUUUUUUAUUUUAUGUCUUUUUUAUUGGUAUUAUUGUAUGGAAAGUUAUAAUUUGAUACAAGUGAUUUCAUUGGUAUUUAAUACUGAACAUAUAUUAAGAUGGACUAUGUCCUAACAAAUGUGCUAUUUGACCAAAAGUAGACAUAUGAUUUGUAAAUAUUUGGGUUGUACGUUUGAUGGUAAAGACCAUGGCUGUAAGAAAUCGAAAUACUCUCACAUUCUGAUAUCUUUACAAUUAUAAUGUAAAAUGAAGAGAAAGAAUAGUCCUUUUUUACGAAAUCAUGAAAUGUAUAUAUACGCCUUUAAUAUGCUAGAUGGAAAUAAUAUACAAAGAUUCCACUUUAUUACUGCUGCAUUUUAUGACUAUUUGUUUGUAUAUAUUUUGCACUGAAGUGGUGUUUUGUUUGUGUAAAGCAUUUUUUUUAUAUAAAUUAUGUAGUAAAAUUUAUGUGAUGUUAAUAAAAUGUUGAUAAAGCAUUUAUUACUUUGCAAAGUUUACAUGUAUAUUAAUAUAAUGGCAGUAUUUGGAAUUUACAUUUGAACUUUACUUUUAAUUUACUGCUAGCAAAUUGUUGUGGCAGAUAUUUGGCAGAUGAAAGAUUUGUUUUUGUUAAAAAAGGUCAUAUGACAUUUACAAAUCACAAUUUUAUUCCAUUAACCCAUUUCAAAGUCUGAGAGUACAAGAAUGGUUAAAUUAAAUUCACAUAUAUUAUACAUGUCUGUAUAUAUGUUGAUUUUGUUUGUAGUAUAUUGGGUUUUCUUUUAUUUAAUCUUUGUACUUAACUAUUUAUUAUUUGUUUGUCUUAAGCCAAGCAAGGCUGACAGUUCCCAAAGUUGCCAAAUCAUAAACCAGCGCUGAGAAAUUCACUUGAAUUUAUUGUUUUAUUGCAAAGGAAAGGCUAUUAUAAUUCUGAUAAAAAAAAACACAAAUAGUAAAAACAGCAUAUAUAAAACUAGUAUGCAAUUAGCAAACUUCUAUUUCAUAAGACUUUAUUUCUCAAUUGUUCCUGUAACAUUCUACAAAGAGAGAAAAAAAUGGCUUCAGAAAUAUAUCUAUACAUAAUUUAUAAAAAAUUUUUAUAUAAUAGGUCUUACUUUCCAUUAUAAAAAAAUCUAAAUUCACUUGAAAAUCCAGUUAGCAGUUUGUUGUAAAUUUCUCAUCAACUGUAGAGUUGUUUUAAUUUUUAUUCAUUUCAUUAUUUUUAUAAUAUAUAAUUUAGUGUUAGCUAUUAUGUUUUGUUUUUCUUUGCUCUAUUUUGUCAUGUUUUAUACUUUAAGAAAAUGUAAUUGUUAUUGGAAUUUAGGAAAACUAUUGUUAUUGGAGAUUAAUUUUGUUUUAAGUGUGUUUUUAUCUGCCUUUUAAUUGAAUGCUGAUUUGAUUGAGACUGAAUAAUUGAAAAUAAUAAAGUUAGCUUCGCAUCCUAAA